AUGGCCCUGCGGGGCUGGGGGCAUUGGUCAGGCCGGCCUGCAGAGGUGAGGCUGCUGAGCUGGGGGGUGGGGGAGCGGGCCGAGCACGUCCGGGGAGGAGAAAGCGUGGGGCAGCCGCAGGGUGAGGCGCAGGGUGCGGAGGCCGCGUCCCCAGCUGCACCCGCUCAGGUUGAGGUCAGCAGGGUCCUCCAUGGGGCCUCGCCCGAGCAGGGCACGCGACUGGCCACCAGGCCCCGCACGGCACCGGGAACAGCUUGGGGGGGCGGCCUGCGUGCACGGCGCCCAGGGCGGCCCGUCCCCGCCACGUGCCCUGCCCCUCCUCCAGCGGGAGGCCAGGGCCUUCCAGCUCCCCUGCCUGCCCCUCCUGCGGGUGUCCUGCUCUCCCCGUCAGUCUUGCUUUCCCAGCUCACCCCCAGCAGCCUGGGGGGUGGAGGAGGGCCGGCCGGGAGAGCACUGCACGGCCUGCACACCUGCAGGCGCACACGUGUGCACGGACACGCCGGUGCUGCUCAUGCUGCUCCACCCGUGUCCCUGGGGCCACCGUCAGGGCGCCGGGCCCCGGGCUCUGACGAGACCCAGGCCCACCCCCAGCGGGGCUGA